AUGACUUAUGUUAGUGGUAUAAUUUGUCAAAAGUGGGGCGGCAAAAUUCCUAUACAAAUCUCCAUGUUUGUGAAUGGUAUUGUGUCUCUAUUAUCGCCGUGGGUGGUGGCUUGGGGUGGUUGGAAAGCGUUAUCAGUAUGUCGAAUAUUACAAGGUUUUUCCCAGGGUGGCAUGUUGCCUGGCAUACAUACGCUUUUGGCAAACUGGGUUCCGCCCAAUGAGCGAGCCAGUCUUAGCAGCUUUUCUUAUACGGGUUCAGGAUUGGGUACUGUAAUGGGUUUCCAGUUUAGUGGUCUUCUGGCUUACAGUCGCUUUGGCUGGCCUUCAACCUUCUGGACUAUAGGUGUGCUCUGCCUGCUUGGGUUCACUCUUAUAACCUUAUUUGGAGCUGCCACGCCGAUGAAGCACAAAAGCAUUUCAGAAGAAGAGCGAAACUAUAUUAUUGGUGGAUCUGGUUAUGGAACUCACACUCAACCCAAAGUUCCAUGGAAAGCGAUACUUACAUCAAAACAUGUUUUAGCGGCGUUUUUAAGCCACAUAUGCAAUAUAUUAUGUUAUACAUUCUUAUUUAUGCAAAUGCCAACAUAUAUGUAUGCGAUCUUGAAAGUUAAUAUAAAAAAUAGCGGUGUACUAUCGUCUGUACCAUUCCUUGGUGUUAUUAUAAUGUGUAUUGUUUCCGGAUAUUUAUCAGAUCUUUUGAUAAAUAAAAAGGUUAUAACAGUUAAAAGUGCAAGACGACUCGCAAAUUCUGUAGCUUCUAUCAUGCCAGCGAUAGCCCUAUGCUUCGUAUCCUAUACCAAGUCAGUGACUGUGGCUGUCAUAUUGUUUGUAAUAGCUUUAGGUGUCCAAGCAACUAUGUAUUCCGGGUGGGUGGUAAACUACAUAGAUCUAUCACCGAACUACAGUGGAAUUCUAAUGGCCAUUGGAAAUGGUUCAGCGAAUUUAAUGUGUGUCCUAAUAUUGCCUGUAAUGGUCACAAAUAUCGUCAAGGAUGUUACAAAUCAGAUACAAUGGAGAAUUAUGAUGUAUUUAAUGGCUUCAAUCAAUCUUCUUGGGAAUAUAAUAUUUGUUAUACUUAUAUCAACUGAAGUACAGCCAUGGAAUGAACAAAAGUUCAAAGAUGAGCCUCACACUGAAGAUGAAGCAAUCGCUCUACAAGGUUAA